UACUCUGAGGUCGGCCAUUGGUUGUUUGUCAAAGAGAAAGAAAACUUGUUACACUUUACCCGGAUACGGUGUGGACAUGAAAAGCCAACGAAAACCUUAAUCGACAAUAUUCUGUCAAGCAAACCAUGAGUUUACGGAUACGUUAGGCUACGAUAGAUCUCAGAGCGCUAACUGAAGUCAACAAACAUGAGGAAGAAGGGGGCAAUGCAGAAGAGCAAGCAGUGGAAUGUGAAGGCGGCUUUGCGGCUGGCAGGUCUCUUUCACUUCCUCCAUUCCUGUGGCUCCGGUUGCCUUCUUCCCUUCCUGACCCUCUACUUCCGAAACUUGGGUCUCAGCGCCGCCAUGAUUGGUAUCAUCAUGGCGUCCAAGCACCUGCUCGCUCUGUUGUGGCGCCCGUUCUCCAGCGUCCUGGCCAGACAGUAUGACAAGCGGCGGGCGGUCAUAGUGGGCUCUCUGCUCAGCUCGGCAGUGGUGGUUUUGACUCUUCUGCUCUUCCCAUCCACAGGAAGCCAAGCUGAAAGUGGACAGUGUAACACCAGUCAACCCAAUGCUGAUCCCACUACCAUUCUAGAGAGGACAAUGGUCCCAUCGCAAUCAAACGCUACUGUUUACUCAAUAAACCAAACAUCUGUAAGUACAGAGCCCUCUGUUGAAGUUACCACACUUGUAAGCUCCAACUGGUCAGCAAGAGGCCUAAAAACUUUGAAGAAGCCUGAACAGGAAGAAGAUCCUCACAGUGAGUUCCUUGGGAGCCUAAAGAUUAUGGAUGCCCGGCAUCAGAUGUUCUUUCUGGUUCUCAUUGUGAUGGGUUUGUGGGAGUUAAUGGCCACCCCGUUGGAGUGGACAGCGGAUGAUGGACUCUACGAAUAUUUGGAUUUCGUAGAUGCCACCGAUCACUAUAAUAGUGUGAAGGUCUGGAAGCCACUUGGAGCUGCUUUUGGCAACUGUGUUGUUGGAGUUCUUGUAACCAGCCUGUUUUGUCUUAUAGGAACUACAUUGGAGUUUUACUCCUACACUGUGUUUAUGAUCCUAACCAUCCCAACAGCUGCGCUGCUACCUAUCUACCUCCGCAAGCGUGAGCGGCCCACUAGUGGAGGCUUUAAGGCACUACAAUUGGUGCAUGGGAACUUGCAGGCGAUACUUUGUGCAACCACUGUGGUCUUGAUGGGCAUGGUGAGUUCAGCUGUGUCAGAUUUCCUCUUAUGGCACAUGCAGGACUGCGGUGGAACCGAAAUCCACAUGGGCAUCUCUUUAGCCUUGGCGCACUUAAGCCAAACUGGCUUUGCUCUAUUUGCUGGGCGUCUCUCCCGGUUUCUAAAGUGCCACGGUUGGUUACUAGUACUGGCCGUUGUUAGUUUAGCCCUGCAGUCUCUUUAUUAUUCCUUCCUGUGGGGCCCGUGGGCUGUAAUACCCGCUCAACUGCUGGCGGGCUUCAGCACCGGCGCCCUCUGGUGGUCCGUAACAUUGCAAAGUGAAGACAUCGCCACUCCCGGCACGGAAAAGACCAUUUUAAGGCUUUUCGAGGUGCUUUCUCUGGAGUUGGGAGCGGCGUUUGGCAGUCUAGCAGCUGGGUUUGUGGUGCAAAAAUUUGGGGUCCAGGUGCUUUUCCAAGGCACUGCAGUCACUCUGGCUUUGUGGAGCAGCGCUCUUGCCGUACUCAAGUGGAAGAUUCCUCGGCAGCGCCGGAUAAACUACUCACGCCUGCUGGCCGCCGACACAGAGAUGAGCGAGUCUGAGUCAGACCAGGAGAAAGACUGGCUUGAGACGGCUAUGGAAGACGACGCCAGGGGGAUCAACAAGUGGACAGCGGAUAAAUCUUAAUCAAUGGAAGCAAAGAUUGACUUAUUAUCAGAGAGCUAAUUAAAAUAACUAAGAGUGUAAUAACACUGGAACUCUUCCGUACACUGAAAAAAAAAUAUUUUCUUACUAUGUAUUUAUGUCUUGUUCUCCAUUGAAAAUUUUUUUUGAGUAAUAACAUAACCAAUGACAAGUUUUGUUUUCUAAUAUGAUGUACCAAAAUUAACUUUAUGAUUAAAAAGAAAUAUAUUUGGCAGUGGAGUAAGAAAAAUAACUUUAAAGUCAAAAUGGGAAGAUUAUUUUUUCUAAACCUAUUGAUACCCUAUUUAAUUAUUAUUAUUAUUAUUAUUAUUAUUAUUCUUUAGAAAACAACUCAAUGUCUUGUCAUAUACUUCUCAAGAUAUUAAGUCUUGUUUUCUGGGUACGGGGAGCUGUAUGUUUAUACUUAAAACAAGAAAAAAUAUGUCAAUGGGGUAAAAAAAAAUGUCAAUUAUUUUAUUUAUUGAAUUCUUUUUUUUUUUUUUUUUUUUUGGAAUAUUUGUUUUACAGGCCAGCUUUUUCAUAAACUGAUGGAUUAUGACUGGAGAUGAGCUAAUCUGGUUUGUUUACUUAUAGUAAGCAUGUCUUCUCUGCCACACAAGCAGAUAGUUCCUAUUGUUUCUAACAUCUUCACACCUUUCUUUACCACUCAUUGUUAUGUAUCGCAAAUAUUUGUGAUCUGAAGCUGAGUGUCAGUUGCCUGUUAUGCAGAGACUUUGUUUUUUAUUUAUUGUGCUUAACGCUCUCACGUUUUCCACAAUUACGUGUCAGUAGCACAUGGGGUUUAUUGAAGAUAAUCAUAAUAAAAAUUAUCUACUUUCCAGUCUAAGGUGUUGGGAACACUUGGCUUAGAAAUGAAGUUUGCCAAAGCUGUAUUGAGAAAAAAAAUCUUCCCAAACUUGUUCUUGAGUAAAUAUUCCUGUACAGCUCGUAGAGCAGAUUGUAGAGUAGCAUGUCUGUGACUGACAACUCUUUAAAAAAAAAAAAAAAA